AGGAGGCGCGGGGCCCCCGGGAGCUGUGCAGCCGCCUCCACCGCCUGUGCCGGGCUUGGCUGGAGCCGGAGAGGCGGAGCAAGGCGCAGAUGCUGGACCUGGUGCUGCUGGAGCAGCUGCUGGCCCGGCUGCCCGCCCGGGUGGCCCGCUGGGUGCGCGAGUGCCGGGCCGAGAGCAGCGCCCAAGCCGUCGCCCUGGCCGAGGGAUUCCUGCUCAGCCGCGCCCAGGAGCGCCGGAGGGGACAGGUGGAGGGGCCUUUGGAAGCCACGCGGAGGAUCGUGGAGGGCCCCUCCGCUCCGUCUCCGAAGCCGUUCCCAGGGAGGACCCCCGAAACUCCAGAGGUCUGGCCAAGUACAGGUGACUGGAUGGCCUUGAGGGUCCCCCUGCAAACGUCUCUGCUUUACGGUGGAGCAGAAAUGAUGGCUGAGCUUCAAACUCAGGCACCUGUUUCCCUCAAGGAAGUGGCCGUGGGCUUCACAGAGGAGGAGUGGGCUUUGCUGGAUUCGAGCCAAAGGGCCCUCCACCAGGAAGUCAUGCUGGAGAAUUCGAGGACCCUGGCCUCUCUAGGUCGCAAAAUGCACAUGACCUCGGGACACAGCAACGGUCCGGGUGAAGGGAAAGAGAAUCUGGCUUGGCAGGAUCUGGGGACGACGCCAUUAGGAAAAAGUAUGCAUCCCAUAAAAGAAGAAAAACUUCACAAUCAACGGAAACCAGAAAGAUUUGAAAAAAACAAGUCAAAUGAUCGAGGGGAGGAAUCAUCCCCUUCUUCCCCUCCGGAACUCGGUGGCUUCCUGAGCCAAGAAGAUCAAAAGAAAAAAUGUCUGGGAUACAGGGAGAUACGGACGGACAAAUCUGGUUUUAGUCAGGACAGCAAAACUCACCCUGAGGACUGCAGAGAGCCCGGAACUAAUUUCAGCCAGAUCUUCCCACUUUCCCUGCCCCCGAGGGUUCCCCCGGGAGAAAAAUGCUACAAAUGCCUGGAGUGCGGGAAGAGCUUCAGCAUCAGCAGUUACCUGCUUUCCCACAGGAGGAUCCACACCGGGGAGAAGCCCUACAAGUGCAGGGAAUGCGGGAAGAGCUUCCGGGUCAGCGCCACCCUUACCCGUCACCAGAUCAUCCACACCCAAGAAAAGCCGUACAAAUGCCCCGAGUGUGGGAAGAACUUCAGCGAUGCCAGCACUCUGACCUCGCACAAGAGGAUCCACACGGGGGAGAGACCCUACAAGUGCCCUGAGUGCGAGAGGAGCUUCAGCCAGAGCGGCCACCUCACUGCGCAUAAGCGGAUCCACACAGGGGAGAAGCCCUAUCACUGCCAGGAGUGUGGAAAGACCUUCCGAUGGAGCUCUCAGCUGUCUUCUCACGUGACUCUCCACACAGGGGAGAAGCCCUACAAGUGCCUGCACUGCGGGAAGAACUUCAGCAAGAGCAGCGACCUCACGCGACACCAGCGGAUCCACACCGGGGAGAAGCCCUACAAAUGCCUGGUCUGCGGGAAGAGCUUCAGUAUGAGCAGCACCCUCACCUCCCACAAGAGGAUCCACACCGGGGAGAAGCCCUACAAAUGCCUGGUCUGUGGGAGGAGCUUCUGCCAGAGCGGGCACCUCACUUCCCAUAAACGGACUCACACUGGAGAGAAGCUCUACAAAUGCAUGGAGUGUGGAAAGACCUUUGCUCAUAACAAUACACUUACUAUCCAUAAAAGGAUCCACAUAGGGGAGAAACCGUAUAAAUGCAUGGAAUGUGGAAAGACCUUUGCUCAAAGAGGUACUCUUGCUUCCCAUAAGAAAAUCCACACAGGAGAGAAGCCAUAUAAAUGCAUGAAGUGUGGAAAGACCUUUGCUCAUAACAAUACACUUACUAUCCAUAAAAGGAUCCACACAGGGGAGAAACCGUAUAAAUGCAUUGAGUGUGGAAAGACCUUUGCUCAAAGAAAUAAUCUUAUUUCCCAUAAGAUGAUCCACACAGGGGAGAAGCCGUAUAAAUGCAUGGAGUGUGGAAAGACCUUUGCUCAGAGCAGUGGCCUUAGAAGACACAAAAAGAUCCACUCAGGCGAGAAGCCGUUUAAAUGCAUGGAAUGUGGAAAGACCUUUGCUCAGAGCAGUAAUCUUAUUUCCCAUAAAAGGAUCCACUCGGGAGAGAAGCCAUUUAAAUGCAUGGAGUGUGGAAAGACCUUUGCUCAUAGCAGUUCACUUACUUUACAUAAGAUGAUCCACGCAGGGGAGAAACCAUUUAAAUGCAUGGAGUGUGGAAAGAGCUUUGCUGAAAAAUGUAAUCUUAUUUCCCAUAAGAGGAUCCACACAGGGGAGAAGCCGUAUAAAUGCAUGGAGUGUGGAAAGACCUUUGCUAGAAGAGAUCAUCUUAUUUCCCAUAAAAGGAUCCACUCGGGAGAGAAGCCAUUUAAAUGCAUGGAAUGUGGAAAGACCUUUGCUCAUAGCAGUACACUUACUUUACAUAAGAUGAUCCACGCAGGGGAGAAACCAUAUAAAUGCAUGGAGUGUGGAAAGAGCUUUGCUGAAAAACGUACUCUUAUUACCCAUAAAAGAAUCCACACAGGGGAGAAGCCGUAUAAAUGCAUGGAGUGUGGAAAGAGCUUUGCUGAAAAACGUACUCUUAUUACCCAUAAAAGAAUCCACACAGGGGAGAAGCCAUAUAAAUGCAUGGAGUGUGGAAAGACCUUUGCAUAUAAUAGUGGCCUUAGAAAACACAAAAAGCUCCACACAGGAAAGAAACCAUAUAAAUGCAUGGAGUGUGGAAAGAGCUUUGCUGAAAAACGUACUCUUAUUACCCAUAAAAGAAUCCACACAGGGGAGAAGCCGUAUAAAUGCAUGGAGUGUGGAAAGACCUUUGCUAGAAGAGAUCAUCUUAUUUCCCAUAAAAGAAUCCACACAGGGGAGAAGCCGUAUAAAUGCAUGGAGUGUGGAAAGACCUUUGCUAGAAGAGAUCAUCUUAUUUCCCAUAAAAGAAUCCACACAGGGGAGAAGCCGUAUAAAUGCAUGGAAUGUGGAAAGACCUUUGCUAGAAGAGAUAAUCUUAUUUCCCAUAAAAGAAUCCACACAGGGGAGAAGCCAUAUAAAUGCAUGGAGUGUGGAAAGACGUUUACUCAGAGCAGUGGACUUAUAAGCCACAAAGAGCUCCACACAGGAGAGAAACCAUUUAAAUGCAUGGAGUGUGGAAAGAGUUUUACUCAGAGCAGUGGACUUAUAAGCCACAAAGAGCUCCACUCAGGAGAGAAACCAUUUAAAUGCAUGGAGUGUGGAAAGACGUUUACUCAGAGCAGUGGACUUAUAAGCCACAAAGAGCUCCACACAGGAGAGAAACCAUUUAAAUGCAUGGAAUGUGGAAAGACCUUUGCUAGAAGUGAUAAUCUUAUUUCCCAUAAAAGAAUCCACACAGGGGAGAAGCCGUAUAAAUGCAUGGAGUGUGGAAAGACCUUUGCUAGAAGAGAUCAUCUUAUUUCCCAUAAAAGAAUCCACACAGGGGAGAAGCCGUAUAAAUGCAUGGAAUGUGGAAAGACCUUUGCUAGAAGAGAUAAUCUUAUUUCCCAUAAAAGAAUCCACACAGGGGAGAAGCCAUAUAAAUGCAUGGAGUGUGGAAAGACGUUUACUCAGAGCAGUGGACUUAUAAGCCACAAAGAGCUCCACACAGGAGAGAAACCAUUUAAAUGCAUGGAGUGUGGAAAGAGUUUUACUCAGAGCAGUGGACUUAUAAGCCACAAAGAGCUCCACACAGGAGAGAAACCAUUUAAAUGCAUGGAGUGUGGAAAGACGUUUACUCAGAGCAGUGGACUUAUAAGCCACAAAGAGCUCCACUCAGGAGAGAAACCAUUUAAAUGCAUGGAAUGUGGAAAGACCUUUGCUAGAAGUGAUAAUCUUAUUUCCCAUAAAAGAAUCCACACAGGAGAGAAACCAUUUAAAUGCAUGGAAUGUGGAAAGACCUUUGCUCAAAGAGGUACUCUUACUUCCCAUAAGAAAAUCCACACAGGAGAGAAGCCAUAUAAAUGCAUGGAGUGUGGAAAGACCUUUGCUCAUAACAAUACACUUACUAUCCAUAAAAGGAUCCACACAGGGGAGAAACCGUAUAAAUGCAUUGACUGUGGAAAGACCUUUGCUCAAAGAAAUCAUAUUAUUUCCCAUAAGAUGAUCCACACAGGAGAGAAACCAUUUAAAUGCAUGGAAUGUGGAAAGACCUUUGCUAGAAGAGAUCAUCUUAUUUCCCAUAAGAUGAUCCACACAGGGGAGAAGCCAUAUAAAUGCAUGGAGUGUGGAAAGACCUUUGCUGUGAGCAGUACACUUUCUAUGCACAAAAAGAUCCACAUGGUGUCAGAGAAUUCAUGACUGGCAGAGACAUGGUAACUAGGUCAGCCAAUGAAUAGGCAUAGCAACUGGGUCAGCCAAUGAGGGAUGUUUGGACGCAGAAACAGCUUGGGGCCUGGACGUGGCUUAGGUUAACUGAGAUGGUUACAUAUAAAUUGUGUGCUCCUAUUAUUGUGCUUCUGUGAAUACUCCUUCUGUUAACUGUGCUUCUGUGAUUAUGCUUCUGAUUCAGAGAACUGCAUGGGUAUUGUAUAUAUUCUUUUUUUUUAUUAUUGAAAAAGUUUUUCAAAUAUAAAUUUUUCCCCCUUUCCCCCCCCCUCCCCAACCCCCCCUCCCCUUCCCCUCCCCCCAUGGCUUCUCCAAGAUGAAAUCCAAAUUAAUAUCACAUUAUAUAUUACUUUACCACCCUUUUACACCACCCCCUAUGUGCUAAACAUUUCUACCUAACAUUAUUAUUAUGUCCCCUGUUUGCUAUACAUUUCAAAACAAGACAGCAUUCAGCUACAAAAACUAUGUAAUAGAUCCUAAUUUGGCAUUUAUUCUACUCUACCCAUUUCCUCCACCCCCAUACAUAUAUCUCAUAAUUCAUAUCUUUUAAGUAUAUUAAUAUCUAAACAUAACAUCCCUUUUCCUAAACUAAGCAACCAGUAACCUAACCUAUCACCUUGUACCAUAUCAGUUUUGUUUCACCCACUUCUAGAGGUCUACCAUACAUAAUACAUUUAAAAUCUUUAUCCUUCUGCCCGCAACACUAAGAGAUAUUUCCAUAUAUAGAUAAAACCCUCAAAUGACUUUAAAUUUGUAUUCCAUAUAGUAUCUUCUGUAAUGUCUUUCAACUAGAUUGUUGAUUCCAUCGACCAUGUUAGGGUAACAUCAAAUCCUGCUUCCAACAGUGUAUUUAGUAUCUUCAAUUUCCAUCUGCCCCCAUCAUUAAUAAGUAUUUCUGUAUGUAAAAAACCCCCCGAGUGACUUUAUAUUUGUAUUCCAUAUGGUAUCUUCUGUAAUGUCUUUUGUCUAGAUUAUUAAUUCCAACAACCACAUUAGGGUAACAACCAGAUCAUCUGCAUGCCCCUAUUCCAUAGUUCUCUUGCCUUAUAGCGCAACAUAUGCGUAGUCCAUCUUUCAUAGAGUCCAUAAUAGAAAGUUCCAGUCCGCUCAAUCACAGGCCAUCUUCCACAUCCCAAAGACACCAGCACUGCAGAGAUCUGUUAUUCUUCUCAAAAUAGUAUAAGUCUAUAAUUUGCCUCCGUUAUAUUUUCAUGUAUCUGCCUUCUAUAAAUCCUGCUUAUUAUAUUAAAUUGUCUCUUAAAUAACUGGCAUUAGUCUGUUGGCUAAAAAAAUUUUUUUUAGUUUAAUUUUUUUUAGUUUUGUAGAACCUGCUUCUUCUUUUCUUAACUUGUUGUGGCUUAGAUUUCCACCAUGGUUGCUUUUCGAAGACUUGUAUGUCAACUGAUUGAAUUACAUGCUGGUCUUUAACUUGAUAAGACAUCAAAUCGAGAUCCAGAGCCUCCUAUCUUAUAUUUAUAGGUGAUCCAGCUGUAGCCUUUGAGAGUGAAUCCAGAAGCGGCUCAUCCAAAAAGCCCUCUGUAGCUUGUUGUUUUUCCAUUACCUCCAUCUCCACCUGCUUACCCUGAGCUUCAAUCUCUUGUUCAUUUUGCUUCUCUUUAUCACCCUCCUGUAUUCCUGACACUGAUGACAUACGUGGAGUUGUUGGGCCCAUUUUUAAAACCUUGUAGUAAAAUUCUUCCGCUUUUUCAACAGUGUUUAAUUGAUAUCUUUCUCCUUGAUAUCUCAAUAUUAUACCAACUGGGGCAUCCCACCUAAAUGGGAUGUUUUGUUUCUUUAGCUCAGUCACCAAAAAUCCAAAGUCCUUUCUGUCUUUUAACAUCUUAGACGGCAGCUCUUUAUAUAUCCAGAUCUUCCUUCCAUUCAUUUCAAGAGUGGAGUUAAAAGACUUUUGCACAAUAUCAUUUCUUAUUCCUUUAUCAGUAAAAUAAAUCACCACAUCUCUAGGCAAUUGCCUUUGCUUUGCCACCCAAGAAUUUACUCUGUAGACCUUAUCAAUCUUACAGAAUACCUCUUCAAAGCUAACCUUUAAAAUCACAGCCAGAGCUUCAGCAGACAUCUUUCUCAAGUCCUCUCUGCUAUUUUCCUUUAUUCCCCUCAGUCUGAUCGCAAAUUCCAUGGAUCUGAAUUGCAUCAUUGUGACUUCAUUUUCAAUCCUUUGCGUUAUAUUAUCUACAUUAUAAGUCUUGUGGUCAGCUUCCUUCAUUUUAAACUCUGCUUCUAAGCUAUUUUCUUGAAUCAUUGUCAAAUCAUUUUCAAUUCUUUGCAUUUUGCUAUCCAAAUUAUAAAUCUUAUAAUCAGCUUCCUUCAUUUUAGACUCUGCUUCUAAAUUAAUUUCUUCAAAUUGUUUAUCCAUCUUUAGAAUUAUUUCUGAAAAGCCUUUCAAAGCUGUUACAAUAUAUCGCUUCAGGUUAUCAUACUUUUGUUGAACCAACUCUUUAAUUUCCUGUCUAAAUUUUUCAAAAUUCUGGUUCAUAAUCUCAUCAUGUCUUGCCAACACCUCCACAACAGAUUCCUCUAAGUCUUUAAAACCGUUUUUCUGCGUCUGCAAGCUCAAAAAUUGCUCUUGUGAUUUAUUAAUGGGGGAGCCCCCCCCCCACAGCUUUGUUGUCAGGCUUUGUCAUUUUUAGUGCCAUCCUGCCACGCAAACAGACUCUUUUUUAAAGAAAAAAUCUUCUCUCCACACAAUAUCAAUAUCAAGUCUCUAAAGAAAGAGAAGCAUGAAGCAGAAAUUUUUCUCUUCUCUUCUAACCAGCGCUAUUGCUUCAGAUACUUUGUAGCAUAUUAAGCCAUUCAGACGGAAGGACUUUCGCUUUCAGCUUUCUUCUCAAGCCUCAGCCAGGCACCAUUUUAAACUUUUUUUCCCCCUUUCACUCUUCAUUCUUAAAAUCACUCAUAGGGUUGUUACAAAUACUUGCGAUUUAGAGACCCAAAUCCGGAUUUCAUCCUGCUUGUUUAAGUAAUCUGUUAGUUUUCGCUAAUUAGGUUGGUUACAUCAUCUAGCUUUGCAGAAUGCAGAGUUCCCCCGAAGUCCGGAGCCGCGGCGAGCUGGAUAGGGAGCCUCAUCCUGCUUCCUCCCCAAGAGUAAAAAAAAACCUCUGGGGACUUAGCAGAGGGCUCUACCUGUUCUCAUCGGCUCUCCUCACGUCUCCCCAAUGAGACGGAGUUUUUCGAGCCGCCUCUCAGCUGUAGAGGCGGCUCUUUAUGGGCGACGAGGCUGGCGGUCCCAAAAGACCGUCUGGCAACGACGGAAGCCAAACCGGAAGCCUGUAUUGUAUAUAUUCUUGUAUAUAAAGAGGUUUCUUAUUUAAAUCAAUCUUGCUGAAUCAGUUACCUGUGUUUGCUUUCUGGGUUUGAUUGCUACAACAAACUCUUGACAGGUUAUGGGCCCAGAGCACACAGAAAGACUGAAUUGUAAUGAAGCUGAGGGACAGCCUGUGUCAAUAGAGAAAGAACAAGGCAGAGAAAGAUUGCAGGAUGGCUGUUGAAUUUAAGGAGAGCUCUCUGCCUCGUUUGGGACAGAAGAAGUAUAUAAUUUGGCCUGCAAAGAUGGAGUGUUUCCUGAAGGCCAAGGAGCUGUGGGAUAUUGUUGUUAAUCCACCCCAGCCACCAUUAGCAGCUGCAGAUCAGAGGCAGCAUGAUAAAGCAAUGGCCUACAUCAUCUUGAGUUUAGAAGAUAACAGUUUAUCAAUGUAGCUGAUUUAAAGACUGCACAGAAGGUCUGGCUGAAGUUGAGAAGUGUGCAUGUGAGUGUGGAGCAACAUUUUGUACAAAUACAAACUUUAUUUGUUGAGUUAGAACUGUGUGGAAUGCAGAUUCCUGAAAUUCAAAAAGUGCUGUUGGUGUUAAACAGUAUGGAUGAAACGUGGGACAUAGUUUCUGUAGUGUUUGAGUGCAAACCAGAGAAGGAAUUAUGUUUGGAGGCCUUAAAAGUUUGUUUGAUUGGUGAGGAGCACAAGCACCAUUUCAGAAAAAGCCACAAGGAGAAAUUCCUGAGGUGGGGGCCCAAGGAGCAGAGAGAGAAACAACACAAGAUGUCUGCAAAGAGAAAAGUAGUAGAAGAGACCAGAAUACAGACCAGCAAGAGAGGCGGUGCUUCACCUGUGGUGAAAAGACACAUUUGAAGAAAAACUUUGCAAAGAAAAAAACUAUUUGAAGGAUGAAAGUAUUUGCAAGACAGAAACUGUUUGCAAGGAAGAAAAUCAGCAGAUGGACAAAUUGCCGUGGCAAAAGUUAGCUAUUGCAAUAGCAGAGACAAAUGGUUGAUAGACAGUGGGGCUAGUUAAACAAUUGUUAAUAAUUCUAAAUUGUUUUACAGGCUGGAUCCAGCUGCUGGAGUUGCAGUAGCCUUGGCAAAUGACCAGAAGGCUAAAGUCAUUGGAAGAGGCAGUGUGCAAAUUCCAUAUCUGGAAAAGAGAUUUAAUGAUAUAUUAUGUGUGCCUGAAAUGGAGCAUAAUUUGCUGAGUGUCUCUAGUUUAAACAAGCAAGGUUUUGAGACCACAUUUAUAAUUGGGAGGGCUCUCUGACUCUCGAGAGCUUCAUGCAGAAGUUGCAGGGCAUGUGUCAGCAGGAGGUCCUCUUGGUCGGCUUCCUGCCAGGCACCAUCGCCCUCCAGCAUCUGGUAACAGUUACCCCUGGGGGUGUGCUCCUCAGGGGCUUCAUGAGUGGUUUACCAUAAGUUUGUAUCUAUUGUGUGCUUGUGUAUUGUUUCGGUUGAAGCUGAAGUAUUCAUUGACAGGUAGGACAUUGUAGCAGAUAAUUUUAUGUACUACGCUUAGGUCGGACCGAAGACGGCGAAGUUCUAAGUUGUCUAAGCCCAAAAUUUCAAGUCUGGUGGCAUAAGGUAUUUUGUUGCGAACAGAGGAGUGGAAGACGCUUCUCAAGAAAUAUCUCUGGACUCAUUCAAUUGUAUUGAUGUCCGAUAUGCAGUGCGGGUUCCAGACAGAUGAGCUGUAUUCAAGAAUUGGUCUAGCAAAAGUUUUGUAUGCCUUAGUUCAAUAUUACCGGAGAAGAAGCUACGCAAGAUAAGGUUAACAAUUCUUAAUGCUUUUUUGGCAAUGCUGUUACAGUGAGCAUUGCCAAAUGCUUAUGUCAUUUGAGAUGAGUACUCCAAGGUCCUUGACCAUUGUGAGCGUCGUGUCAGCUUUGGAAGCCCUAUUAGGCCGGAAGCUCCAAUGCUGCCACCUUCUUAUGUGUGGGAAAGUAGGGGGGGAUUUAGGAGAGGGGGUUAGUAGACAUAAUAGCAUUCUUCCUGUCGCUCAAGGUCAGGGCGAUCCAGCAUCUGGAGGAGUGGUCAGGAGGCUAGAUCGGGAUGGAACGGACGUUGAUUGGAGCAUGUGACCGACUGGGUGGAAAAGGGGAUGGUUUUGGGAGCUUUGACUUACUGAAGGAAAACCCAGGCUUUUCAGAUUCCGGUUUUCCCAGAUGUGCCAGUUUGCCUAUUCUAGUAAAGAGAACUCUGGAAAA